AGCCUCAUACUCGUGUGGCUUCCACCAAGGGGCUUAACUCUAGCUCAUGUUGCUGUCUAACUUGUAAAACGGCCACGGAGUCGUAGUCGAAGUCGUUGUCCGCUUGUGUCACGCUCGACGAGGCCACAACAUCCCUAAAAGCGCUAAGAGAAAAAAUGCCGUCACUGGCACAGAGUCCAGAUGCAACGAAGCCCCUGGUCACGCCUCUUCUGGCGGUGGCCCCAUCACCUGCAAAGUCGAGCAGUCCGACGAAAGGCGACGUGCUUUCGUUGAAAGACCGCGAGGAGAAGGUUUCUUUUUGUUUGUCGGAUUGUUUGCAGUAAUUCUGCGGAAACAGAAGUGAAAACCCAAGGAGGUGGGAACGUCACCAGAAAUAGAACCGGUUCUCCUUCUAGUAGCUUUCUUUACGUAUACUAUACCUCAAAUUUUUCUACUUACAUUUGUUUCCAGGCCCGCGUAGCGAAACUUGCAUUGGCCGCAGCUGCGCAUCCACCGAGUUAUGUGUACGACGUGCUGGAGCAGGCCUUGCCUUACUGGAACCAGGCUUUGGAAGUUUUUGCCUACAUCAUCCCGAAAAUAGUUUUCGUCUGGACCAAAAGCACCGAACUCUACGCCGCACUGCCGGUGGAAAUAGCGAUGUGCCUAUACGGUCUGGCACUCUGCUUUUUUGGCGGGUAUUGCUGAGUCGUCGAUUCUAAAGUACUUAGUCGAAGGAACAAUCGCAUGACCUGCUUAGAGGUUGAGAUGAUACGAAAUCGCAGUAUUUAAUCCCUGCUAGUGGAGGACGUCCUAGUGCUUUGCUGUAAGUACCUGUACCAGAUGGAUCAGGAUUUGGUUCGUAAUGCUUUUGAACAAUUUCUUCAGGACUUACGUGGUGGCCAUCAGUGCGAUCGAGGCCUUCAAAAUGAGCGGGGGCGACAAGAUCUCCGCCUGCUGGAAGGACAUCUGCGAGGAGUACGCUGUGUUGCGGGAUCGCAAUCAGGAAGACGACGUCGAAGACCUGGACAACGACGGUAUUGCGGACGUGUUACAGAUUAGCCAGCGGGAGUUGAUGCAGCGAAAAAUCAAACUUGUUGUCUCUUCCAUCGAUCCAGACAAAGUAUCUGGUGCGGUAGGAGGCCUAUACCAAGGGUACUGCGUAACGACCACAACUCAUGUUGAUUCGUCAGGUUCAUUCGCUCCUCUUUUUUGCUUAUGAAUGCCAUUGAUGUAGUCGAGAAGGUCUGUGUCUGUCUUUGCACGUGUGUGCAGAUGAGGCUCGAGGUCUGUAUCUGCCCUAGAUGAAAACCGUCCAUACAGCUGUCGCUAUGGGCAGUCUGUAGCGGAACUUAAAUAUUUUUCAUCUGCAUUAACUUGCGCAAUUCGUACAAACCAGUUUUCUCUCCGUGCUGAUGACCGUGAAGUUCCAGUUCGCACAGUCGGUCGCGCUGGCGGUGAGCAUGGCAGAGAAGGCCCGGAAGCCCUGUGCCGUGGUGCUGACGCCACUGCUCGCCACCGCUUUGCUAUCCAAGGAAAGAAGUGUUACAGUUUCACAUUUGUUGGAAUUUCAGCAUCACAAAUUUGCUCUGCAUGGCGAAGAAAACUUGUAAUGCGCAGACCAUAAGGGAGCACACGAAUGGAAUGAGGCUGGCACGCGUUUCCUGCAUGACAGAGGUUGUCUGUCUUGCUUGUCUUGCAUGAGAGUGUGUAACUGUAACACUUUUUUCUCACGAUAUCUGCCGCCCGAUUCCGAGGAUUGGAUCGUCGCCUUCAUCGACUACUUGACGAAGAUAUCAAAUGUAAAAAUGUCUGGGUCUGGAAGAAUGCAACUUGUCAUGCUAAAUCUGAAGCAUGCAAGAAUCUGUGUUGCGUGAUUACCAAAAGUCGUCCAGUUUUGACCAAGUCGGGAGGGAGUUUCUCAUGCAGGAUAGGCAUGGGAAAGAUCGCACAGAGUCUGUCAUGCUAGGUCCUGCAUUCCAGACCUCAUGGGUCAUGGAAAAGCUGCAUGACAAAUCGUGCAUUCUUCCAGACCCAGACAUUUUUGCAUUUGAUAGAAGACGGUGGCGCUGCUGUUCGCGUGGACGCUGCAGAAAAUGGUGUGCGCGGUGCAGAGCGCCAUUGCCGGGGGGCACAUCUUCGCGCAAAACCUGCUCUACUUCCUGUCCAAGAAACUGGGCGUGGAAAACAUCGACCUGGACGAAACCAUGGUCGACGAAUACAUCGGGUGGGCCAUUGCAGCGUGCGGCAUCUACUUCCAGCUGAUUCACGGGUUCUCCCUGAGCUUUCCCUUUUCCCUCAUCCUCUUUCCGUUGAACAUUGUCGAGUUCGCCCUUGAGUGGGUUGUUACGUGGUUGGGCUGAAGAGCCGGGCCUGGCUGGGUAGAAAAAGAAGCUUCUUGCAUCUGCCAAACAUCAUACCGUGUAGAAAAUUUUUUUGUGUGUUUGUGUAUCAACAAUCUUCUUGAUUUACCUCUGGACGACGCUUCAGAUCUUGAACAUUGCGGUGCUGAGGGCGAUUUUGUCACAAGUUGCGUGGUAGUUUUUAGAAGCGGAAUCGCUGAAGUUCCUGACUCCUUUGUUUAUAUGCUGUAGCAACGGCGCCAGCAGAAGCACGACAUCAUGAACAUAUCGUUCAGAGCAGCCAGCCGCAGCCUAUGGUUGAAAAUAGUGCUGCAUUGUUGGUGCAAAAAGUAAUCCAGCUUUUUUGCAUCUUGCCGAAUGAAUGUACUUAUGCAGGAACGUCGAAAUGGACAACAUGCAUCACCAUUCGAAGCUUCCACAUGGCCGUAAGAGUAAAGGUCCGAGUGCCCGGCUGCCCGGAAGGAUUGUUUGUCU